AUGCCGUCGCGGAAGAGUACGCACAUGACGGCGUCUGCAAAGCGCAGCGAGACGCACUCGGCGAAUGCGGACAGGGUAGUGCUGACGGAGUCGCUGCUCGCCACGGAGGCAGAGAAAAAUGCGACAUCGAAGAGUCUGUACGGCGACUCCGCCGCGCGCAUCUCCAGUAAUAUCAGCACGAUCCACGACCACCAGCGACUGCGUGCCUACGAGGUCAUCUUCCGCAACGUACGGGGCAAGACGCUUCUGCACCUCGGUUGUGGCAUGGGACUGUACUCUAUGCUGGCAGCGCGUGGUAUGGCGAAGAUGGUGAUCGGCAUUGACAGCUCCGCCAUUGUGGAUGCGGCGCGCGUCGUGGCGGAGCAAAAUGGCCUCAAGAACAUUCAGUUUAUUCGCGGCCGCCUGUGUGAGGCGUUGCACCAGCUGCCGAGCGACAUGAAGUUUGACUACGUGCUGUGUGAGUGGAUGGGGCCGCUGCUGCUGAAUGAGCGAGUCCUGACAGACGCCCUCUAUGCCCGCGACCACCUUCUCACGGAGUCUGGCGCGCUCUGCCCAAACCGAGCCUCCCUGCACGUGGUCGCCGUGUCCGACUACGCCUUUCGCCUUGACACGGAGGACUUCUGGAGCAACGUGUACGGGUUUCAGAUGGAGCCAAUGAAGGAGCUUGUGCGGCAGGAGGUGGAGAUGUGCGCCAUUCCGGGCAGCAACAUUGUAUCGGCGCCGUGCCUAGCGCACACCAUUCACAUGGACACCUUGGAGGGCUUGACGGCAGAGGAAACGGCCACCUACGAGGCCCAGGCGAACCAGGCCGCGGCGAUCCGCGACAAUGAAGAGGAGAACCCUGUCGAGCACUGCUGGGUGCCGGCGGCGGUGGCUCAGAAGGGCUACGAAGCCGCCUUCACGCUGAGCAUCGCUCGCAGCGCGACGGUGCACUACCUCACCUUUUACUUGGACGCCGCCUUCACGAGCAAGACGAACCCCGGCGCCAACUUCGUGCUGGCGGUGCGCCCCGGCGGCCAGAACAACUGGACAGAGGUCAGCGUCGGCCUGCGCGAGCCGUUGCCGGUGAAUGCGGGGGAGAAGAUCCAGGGCACGGUGCGCGUCUACACCCCGGCGGAGAAGGGUGGUAAGGUCACGGUAGUGGAGGUGACGGCCAAGACGGCAGGCCAGGUGGCGGCGAUCGAGACUUUCGGCACCUACUACUACCAGUCCUACUAA